UUCAACAGCUCAGCUGAAACUUAAUCAGAGAGGAGGAGAAAAGACCGACACUCAGAAAUUAUUCUUCAUCGGUUUUUCUUGUUGCUUUGGUUGUCUCUUCUUCCCUCUGAUCCUUGCAGCAGAAGACUGCAGAGGAGCAAAAGAGACAGAGCUCAUGCAUGCAGACAGGGGAACUUGCACUUCCUACCAUCUCGCUGAAAGCUACUUGGAUUCUUCCUUUUUCUGGCUCUUUCACUUGAAAAGAACUAAGACAUUGUAAGGCUGCCAAGGAUCUGGUGUCCACUGAAAAGAGAAAAGGCGGGGGGGGAUGUGUGCCACAGUGGGGUCUUUUUCAGAUUCGUACAUAAUUAGUGUUGGGGCACAAAGCAAGAUGCUAAAUGGAGAUUGUCAGCUUUUGGAUAGGGGUGAGUAAGAAUCAUUUUGAAUAAGAGCGACUGGAAAGGACAGUUUCAUUUUUCAUCCCCUCUACUCUCCACCCACUGCCGAAUAUCUUUCAUUGGCAAAACAGAACUGCUCUUUAUUUUUCACAGUUUGGACAAAAAGACCUGUCGUUGGACUGCAUAAAAUAAAUAUAUCCAUCUCUGCAAUUAAAAUACAAAGACCAAAUGAACUCAACAGUUUAAUCAUAUAUGUUGAAAAAAAUGAUCUGAGAGGUGCAAAAAUAAUAUCCAGAGUGGUUCAAUGGACAUUUUCUCCCUGACAUUCCUGGAUAUUUAUGCUAAUGGAUUUCCUCCUAAUUGGACUGUACUUAAAGUGGCCACUGAAGAAACCCCCUGGGUUGAUACUGUGUUCAUUGGGUAUUUUUCUGAGAACUGUUUCCUUGGCAGAGGCGGUUUGUCCAAGGCUGUGCCGCUGCGACAGCAAGCUGCUGUACUGCGAGGGGCUCAACCUCACAGAGAUCCCCCGCAAUCUGAGCAGUGCCAUGGGCCUGUCUAUGAGAGAGAACAACUUGACCGAGCUGCAUGAAGGCCAACUAGCUGGUCUGUCACAGCUAACCUGGCUUUAUCUAGAUCAUAACAACAUUGACAUUGUAGAGGAGGGUGCAUUUGAGAGGCUGAGACGGGUCAAGGAGUUGGACCUGAGCAGCAAUCGGAUUGAGAGUCUGCCAAAUGGUACCUUCAGGCCCCUCCCAAACCUACGCAUUUUGGAUCUCUCAUACAACAGGCUGCAGGCACUCGAGCCCGACCUGUUCCAUGGCCUUAGAAAGCUCACCAAUUUGCAUUUGCGCUACAACACUCUCAAAUUUGUGCCAGUGCGUAUUUUUCAAGACUGCAGGAGCAUGCAGUUUCUGGACUUGGGAUACAACCAACUACAGAGCCUGGCAAGGAAUUCCUUUGCUGGUCUUUUCAAGUUGACUGAGUUGCAUCUUGAGCACAAUGAGUUGGUCAAAGUUAACCUAGCCCAUUUUCCUCGUCUUAUCUCUUUACGUACCCUUUACAUGCACAACAAUCAUGCCACAAUUGUUGUCAACACCCUGGAGUGGACCUGGCCUUUUUUAGAGAAGAUUGACCUGUCAGCCAAUGAAAUCGAGUACAUUGAGCCACAUGUUUUUGAGAGUACUCCCAACCUGAAGGUGCUGAUGCUUGACUCGAAUCGCUUGGCUUCUUUGGACCAACGCAUCCUGGAUUCGUGGUCAUCUCUGGACAGCAUUACCCUGGCAGGCAAUGACUGGGAGUGCAGCCGCAAUGUGUGUGCCUUGGCCUCUUGGCUGAGUGCCUUCAGAGGCCAGCGUGACAGCUCCCUGCUGUGUUCAAGCCCCGACACUGCACAGGGUGAGGAUGUGUUGGAUGCAGUCUAUGCUUUUCAGCUAUGUGAUUCGUCGGCAGAGGUAACCACAGCAGGCCUGUAUGCAUCAACAAGAGAUCUGGCCAAGGGUGGCUCUGUGUUUCUGGGACCUUUUACCCCAAAUCCGUAUGAAGGUGAGGGUAGUGAGGUGGUCACAAGUUCUUAUACUGUCACAGUGGGCCACGACGACCUGGAAAGCACCAUGCAGAUCCACAAGGUAGUGACUGGUACCAUGGCACUCAUCUUCUCCUUUCUCAUCCUAUUCCUCAUUCUGUACGUGGCAUGGAAGUGCUUUCCAGCUGGAAUAAGGCAACUAAGGCGGUGCUUCAGCAGUCAGCGUCGUAAGCAGAAGCAAAAGCAAAGCAUGCAGCAGAUGGCUGCAAUUUCUACACCGGAGUACUAUGUUGACUAUAAACCUAAUCACAUUGAGGGAGCUUUGGUUAUCAUUAAUGAAUACGGCUCUUGCACUUGCCAACAGCAACCUUCACGAGAAUGUGAGGUGUGACUGUGCUUUUUGACUACAUCUUUACCUGUGAUUAUGUGGAUAUACAGUAAACCCCUUUUUGGAUACUAAAGAGGGGGAGAUGUUGUAGAACAAAAGGGAAUUAUUUCAUCUUUUGGACACUUUUUACACAGCGUUUCACUGUGAUGUAGAGGGAGUAUGCUUUACAUGGCUGACUAUGGUGGAUUUAUUGCUACUGCUCUCUACUGCUACUUUGAAAUCAAAAAGCAUAAUGGGCACCUGGCAAUGGGACGUGUUGAUGCUCUGACGAAAAUCAGAAAGGAAUAUGUUUUGUGUACUGGGAGCUUUUCUCUCACGGAAGGAUAUUUGAGCUUUAAUGUGUCUUUCUAUUUCAGAACAUUUAAAUAUUGUUUAAAGAUAAACUGGAGACAAACAAGAUGAGAAAAAAUAAGGAAAAGAAAAUGAGCAAA